AUGGGGACGCCGGCUCUGCAGGGACUCCUCCUCCUCCUCCCGUUGCUGCUGCGGCCGCGCGGGGCCUCCGCAGGGAGCCUACACAGCCCAGGCCUGUCCGAGUGCUUCCAGGUGAACGGCGCUGAUUACCGCGGCCGCCAGAACUACACGGGCCCGCGCGGGGCCGGACGCCCGUGUCUUUUCUGGGACCAGACCCAGCAGCACAGCUACAGCAGCGCCAGCGACCCCCAGGGCCGCUGGGGGCUGGGUACGCACAACUUCUGCAGAAACCCAGACGGCGAUGUGCAGCCUUGGUGCUAUGUGGCAGAGACGGAAGAGGGCAUCUACUGGCGCUACUGUGACAUUCCCACGUGCCACAUGCCAGGGUACCUGGGCUGCUUCGUGGACUCGGGGGCGCCCCCCGCUCUCAGCGGCCCCAGUGGCACCUCCACGAAGCUCACAGUGCAGGUGUGCCUGCGAUUCUGCCGCAUGAAGGGCUACCAGCUGGCUGGCGUGGAGGCUGGUUACGCCUGCUUCUGUGGCUCUGAAAGUGACCUGGCCCGGGGACGUCCAGCCCCUGCCACCGACUGUGACCAGAUCUGCUUUGGCCACCCAGGCCAGCUGUGCGGAGGCGAUGGGCGACUGGGCAUCUAUGAAGUGUCCGUGGGCUCCUGCCAGGGAAACUGGACGGCGCCUCAGGGUGUCAUCUACUCCCCGGAUUUCCCGGAUGAGUAUGGGCCAGACCGGAACUGCAGCUGGGUACUGGGCCAGUUGGGCGCUGUGCUAGAGCUGACCUUCCGCCUCUUCGAGCUGGCGGAUUCUCGGGACCGGCUGGAGCUCCGCGAUGCCUCCUCCGGCCGCCUGCUCCGCGCCUUCGACGGCGCCCACCCGCCGCCGCCAGGGCCGCUGCGCCUGCGCACUGGCGCGCUGCUGCUCACCUUCCGCAGCGACGCACGAGGCCAUGCUCAAGGCUUCGCGCUCACCUACCGAGGCCUGCAGGACACGGUGCGGGACGGCGCGUCCCCCGAGGACCCGGCCGAGCCGCCCGCGGGGGACCCCGACGGGGCCAACGUGAGCUGCAGCCCCAAGCCCGGAGCUGCCCAGGCUUCGAUAGGGGCCCGAGUCCUCUCCACCGUGACGGCCGUCUCCGUGCUAUCGCUGUUGCUUCUGUCGCUACUGCGUUUGCUGCGUCGACGGAGCUGUCUGCUGGCUCCAGGAAAAGGGUCUCUGGCCUUGGGACCUUCCCGGGGCCCCGGGAGAAGCUGGGCUGUGUGGUACCGCCGGCCCCGAGGGGUGGCCCUGCCCUGUCCCCCAGGGGACUCUCAGGCUGAGGGUCCUGCCGCAGGCUACCGGCCCCUGAGUGCCUCCAGCCAGAGCUCCUUGCGCUCGCUCGUCUCUGCUCUCUGACCCCGGACGUGCGGGGGUCCAUCACUACUUCCGCCAGCGAGAUGGACACCUGAGAUAUUCUGCAGCGCCCUACCUCGACCCUGUGCCCCUUUAAGGGCAGACAGGUGUCUGCUCCUCUCGGGGAGACCAGAAAAUCGGACAGAGAGCAUCGGUGCUGCUUGGGAACUUGGCCUGACCCUGGGGGUCCAAAUGGCCGAAGCCAAAGGGCAAACACCCUAACCCAUGAACCUUAGUGAGGGGUGGUGUCUGGUUUUAGGGUUCUUUGCGCCUCUUUUGGGGUGGUCCUGGACUGCUGCCCUUGAUGAAAGGUUGGGGGCCAACAAAGUGACCCAAAGACUCACCAUAGACUUAAAAUAA